GUGAAGCGCACAAAAAGCCUAGUGACAGGUGCAGGCGGAGUUUAGUCGUUGAUUAGUGAGCGUUAAGAAAGGCAGCGUGAAAAACUGCAUGCAACAAUUGAAACUAAAGUGAUUACAUCUGUGAAGCAAAUCUCGUUUUAGACAGUGUGUAGCUAAACACAAAAACAAGAAAAUUGCAAGCAAAAAGUGAAGCUUAAGCCUAACAGUGUAACAAAUCAAAAUCGAGCUAAAAAGUGGGAUUUAUUUACAGUUCCAAACGGCACGCGAAAAAAAUAUGAGCCAUUUUGCGAACACAAGUUAGUGGAGAAUAAGAUUUAAACAUUUCGAAAAGUUUUCAAAAAAAUUAGUGCAAAAGGAACAAAACUAAAAAAUAUGUUAUUCACGAGCACCAACACUCACACCCAAAACAGUCUAAGACUGCACUACACAACGCUGUCCCUGACAUUUAUCCUCAUUGCACUACUCAUCUCGUGCAUCCAGCAGAUCAACGCCGCGGAUUAUGAUGUAAAAGGCGGCGGCGGCGGCGGCGAGCUGGGCUCCACUGGCGAUGGUGGCGGCGGCGGUGGUGGUGGCGCUGAUAGUGAAGUGGCGAACGGUGAUGACGAGAUUUAUGAAACGUCCGUACUACAACAGGAUAUGGAUGAGCAUGAGAAGCGCAAGAAACUAGUCGAAGAAUUGGAGGAUGACGAGAAGGAGCAUGUCAAUACACCAACCGUCACAGCGCCGCCACAACCUUAUGAAAUGAGCAACGAAUCAAUGAACACAAUUAAAGCGGAAGCGCGCAUGGAUGAUAUAAUGAUGGACUCGCAAGAGAUUGAAAUGAUGGACAGUAGUACAUUGAUGAAUGGCAAUGCAGCUAAAACGCCCUUGGCAUUGCCGCCAACCGUAUUGCCCAACUCAAUGAGCACCAUGAUACCCGCUUAUGUGCGCAAAGGUAAGGCAGAGCAAUUUCCGCGCACGAUAAGUGGUGGCAGUGUUUCGGUGGAGGAAGCAGAUGCCAAUGUCUCAACAUCCGAUUAUGUAGAGGAUGAGGAGCACAUCAAUAUGCGCACACCAAAGCAAUCAGAUAAAAUUGAUCCAAUCGCUAUGAAAUUAUAUCAUCACACCGACGCUGAUGCGGAGGACAAUAUGUUAAACGAUCAGCAACCGGCGCCACCUGCUCAACAGCGACAGCAGCAGCGCAACCGUCAACAAGGUUACGACGAUGCGCCAGUACCGCAGCCAAGAAAACAACACUUACAUCCCAAUAGCUCCGAUGAAGACUACUAUGAGGAUCCACAGGAUAGUUUGGAAAAGCAACAGCUGCAUCAGCACAAGCUGAUGCGACCAACCGGUGCACCCGCACUACCUCUCACACCUAUACCACCACUCGCUCCUGUGGAGCCGGCAGCACCAAAAGACAACGCGAAUGCGGCACGACGUGUACAACCGGCUAUUGCGCAGGCACGUGCCGGCGUCGCCUGGACUACAAAUGGUCCACUAAUGGACGUCAACGUCACACCAGCCACUGCGACAAUACCGGUAUACGGCGAGAAUGCAAUCGAUGCUAUCACACCAAGCUCGGCCACAACCGCCAGCUCGGCCUUAGCAGCAGGUUACGAUACAGAAUCAGCUGCAGCUGCUGUUGCCACCCCGACUACAACACAAACGCCAACCACUACCACUACCACUACUACAACAACAACAUCAAUUAUAACAACAAUACGCCCUGCAAAUAAACAAGGCAAACAAAUAAAUAUUCCACGCGGUCGUAAACUGCUGCCACACGAACAAUUACGCAAUUACAUUGAAGAUGCGUACAUACGUAUGCCGCUAGCCGUCAUUGUUGAUCCAUCCGCAGAUGCGCUGGAGAAGACGAAGGCGCUGUGGCGUGAAGCGCUACGCACAAAUCUAAAUAUAAAAAUCGUUUUGGUCUCGCUGAAUGCCUCAGGCGUACCAGCCGCUUAUAGUUUCAAUAACACCCGCCAAUUUCUCGCCGGCUUGAACAGUAUCAAGGUGAAAGAUGGCGGCAAUUCAUUUGUGGGCAUUGUGCAUGCAUCCGAAUUGGUGCCCUACGACAGCGCCGUUUUUAUAUCCACUGCAGUGAUACCACCACACACGGAGUUGGUGCAAGAUGCAGCUAUAACGCUGCUGAAAAAGCGCAUUAGGCUAUAUCUCAUCUGGUAUGGCGAGCGUUCGGCAAGCGAAAACGAAACGCAAGAGGCUGUCGGCGGCAUACUCGGCGAGGUGGCCAUACGCUCGGGCGGCGAAGUGCUACAUCUUGUGGGUAGUGAGAAUUCACAAGAGCUGGAGGGCAGCACGCUAACACUAGUCGCUGAUGCCUAUGUGGGCACACAGGAAGUCGACAUACCUGUCGAUACGACGCUGUCGAGUUUACAUGUCAAAAUUGAUGCACCCAUGCGAAUGGCUACGCUGGAAACGCCCAACGGUGAUAUUAAUUUAAAGAAGCUGGUAAAGUUUAAGUCACUUGUUCUCACAUUUGGAGCGGACGAUAGCCGACUAGAUGCUUAUGUGCCACUUAACAAACUGCGCAAAGCCACUGUUUACAAAUUAAGAAUAGUUCCAGAAUCCUUAAUCGAAGAGUAUAGUGUAUUUGUGCGCGCCGAACGGAAAUCAGAUUUAUUUUUAGAUGAUCUUAUCAAACGCUUCGAUACGUAUCUCAUGCAAGGUCGCAGUACUUAUCCCUUAAGUUUGUACGGAUCACCACCCUUAAUCGGUUUACCAAGAGCCUCCACUGUUGAAACUUUAAACACUCAUAGUAAUUUACGUUUGGAGAAUGAUGGGGAAAUUAAAUUCCCUUCCGCUGAAACAUCAGUGGGAGGUGAGUCGCAACCGUUACCAAAAAAACAAGUAGAAACAUUUUCCGAAACAGAAAUACAUAACAAUCCAGUGGUAAUACCUACAAACCAUACAGGAGUGCCAACGUCAAUCGUUAAUUUAGACUAUAAUGGCGCAACGAGAAGUGCAACUGCUACCUUAUUACAACGCGAUGUAACUAAAAUUGAAAUGGGUCUACAAUCGCAAUUGCUCUUGGCGCCAGGCAUGUUAGGAACAUUAGACUUUGAGGUGACAAACACACGCACGGAGGCGAUAUAUCACAAUAUACAGGUAGUGGACGAAAGACGGUUUCUAUUGCGCCUCAAUCCACAAAGUAUUUUCCUUCGGUCUGGCGAAAUGGCUAAAGUUAUCGUAACAGUUUUAAUACCGAAUGGUACACCACUGGGAACCACAGACAAAAUUACCUUCACCUGCCACGGUGGUGGUACAUCAUCGCUUUCGCUUAACUUGAAGGUGAUAAGCUCAACUUUAGUUGAUGGGCAGGAUACGACAGCACCUUCCGUUUCCUGGAUCUUCGGCAGCCGUUGUGAGAAUGUCAAUGUAGAAUCUUCCAGCUGCGCGGAGCGCUUCUGGACGUUAGACAUAACAGCUCAAGAUUGGCAAACAGGAAUUUUACGUUUACAAACAACACCCUCUGGUGGCUUGCUAUAUCGAAAUAGCUAUACCGUGGGCUCCACAGAGCCGUUAAAAGCUACUUAUAUAGCAACAUGUUGCGAACCAAAAGUAGCGGUUACAGCAUUCGAUGUAACUGGCAAUCAGCGUUCAUACAAUAUAGAUGUACGCGAUCUUGUGCUCACUGAAGCAUCUAUAGCAGCCAUAGUAUUGGGUGUAUUGUUGUUGCUAUUAUUAAUUAUACUAUUAAUUUGGGCAAUUGUUUGGUGUUGUCGUAGACGUCAAGUUUCAUUGGAUUUGCCCACAUACCGGUCACAUUCAACGCGUAGCAUGGAGUAGAAUUGAAGUAUUUAGAUUUAUUAGCACUUAAUUUUAUGCUCCAUAAUUGUAUACUUCUAUGUGCAUUCAUAUUUACACAUGUGUAUAUGUACAUACGAGAUAAAAUAAAUAAUAAAUAAACA